AUGGCGCAAAACCGCGAAACAAGAAAGGCAUCCUGUCCUCCUCCUGUCUCUCCUUCUUCUUCUCCCUCUUCUUCUCCCUCUUCUUCUCCCUCUUCUUCUCCCUCUUCUUCUCCCUCUUCUUCUCCCUCUUCUUCUCCCUCUUCUUCUCCCUCUUCUUCUCCCACUUGUUCUCUCUCUCCGUCUGUUGCUGCUGGUUUGUCGCCUUGUCUCUCGUCUCUUCCCUGGACGCCUGCAGAGCUCUGGUGGGUUCUGGAAGAGACGCUUCACCGUCUCAAGAGACUUCAGAAAUCUGCGUCUCUCUCGUCCUCUGUUUCCCCAGCGUUUCUCUUCGCUCCUCGUGAGGCUUCCUCUCUCUCUCUGCUCCUGCGACUCGCCCUCUCAACUUCUCCUCUCCUCUCUUCUGUCCAGGCUGAAGGCGGAGCCCCACCCGCGGGCAGAUCCCGCCUCGCCGUCCUGCCUCUCGACUCUCUGCCUUUCCUCCGGAGUCAUCUCACCUUUCUCGUGACUAUUGUCGAGCGUGAGAUUCGCUGCGCAGUCGAUCGCGUCCAAGAAGGAGACGCGCUUGAAUGGCGGCUCGAGUCUUCGCCUGGGGACGAAGGCAUCUUCCCUCCGACCUGGAGUCGCGCCUUCUCAGCCGCUUCGCCUCUCUCUUGCGAGGCAGGGUGCCGGCUCGCCGCCUUCUCGCGAGGCCUCACAGACCUUCUCGCGGCGAUCUCCACGCUCCACUCCUCCUCUCUCGCUUUCCACGCGGCGGCGCAUCCCUCAGCUGCUGCAUGCGCCUCCGUUGUGCGCUGCUCUCGUGAGAAUUCUUCGUCUCUGCCUCUGACUGCCGUCGCAUCCCUCGUAGCAGCUGCAGCCUCGUUGGUCCGCGCGUUCGUUCUGUCGCUUCGUGGAAGGGCGGGACGGGGCCGAGACUCCCGGAGAAAAAAACGCGGGGGAGAAGAUGCGGAGAACCUGAAGUGUCUCUUCGCUCUCUGCUACCAGUCUCUGGAGCUCCUCCUCUCCGCAGCUUCGCGCCUUCGCGCAAGGCCUCAGGGACGCGCGCAGAUCUUCUCCCUUCUCUGCCAAGGGCCCCCAGGCGCCGCGGCCGCGGCCGCAGCCGCUGGGGCCCAAACCGGCCUGACGACGCGGGACAAACCGCUUCUCUGGCUGGUGCUGUUCAUGCACGGCCUCGCGCAUGCAGUUCAGUGGGAAAUUCGCAGCCAGGAGGUGGUGGACGCGGAGAGUGCGGACGCGGUCACAGAGAAGACACAGAAGGAACGCGAAGGCGGAAGUGAAAGGGGCGGGAAGAGGAGACGCCAGAAACUCGGUGCGUGCGAGGACGAUGGAGAACGCACAAGAGAAGGGGCCGAAACAGAGACAGAAGAAGAGACAGAAGGAGAGACGGGAGGAGGCUUGGAGACGGUCGCCCGUGGGGUUGUGCGUGACGCUCAGAACGGUCGUUCCUUCAUAGCUUUGUGCGCCUCUGCGGCGAAGCUCAAAGCUCUCGUUGCGUCCACGGUCUCUCUGCUGGUCGCGCAAGAACACACACCAGCCUAUGUGUCUCUGCUGCAGCUCUCCUCCUUUUCGUCCUUUGUUCAAUCGGAGCUCGCCGCGCAACAGGCAGCCGUCGACGCUGCAUGCGCGGAGUUGCUGCGAGGCUCGGGCGAGUCCUGUCGCGUCCCUGGCGCCGUGGACGGCGAGGAAGGGAAGCGCAGGCGGACGGAAAAGAGACACGCAGAAGCGAGCGCGGACGCACACAGCGAACAAAAGAGGAAAGGAAAGGGCGAGCCUCGCGCGAAAGCCCACGACAAGGCGCCGUACGUGAAGAGUUUCCUAGACUGCGUCGCGUGCAUUGUGCGCCUCCAACUGGAGCUGGAGAGAGACGAAAAGACUGGAAAUGAAGGAAGCGACGGCGUGGGACGCCACCCCAAACGCGAUGUCUCGCCUCCUGAUUCCUCGUCGUCUUCCGCGCCCGCCGGCGCUCUCUUCUCACCGGCCUCUGUGGUGUUUCUCGUGGAUCAGUUGACGGCCGUCGGCCUGUUUCUCCUUCUGCCUUCUUUGGCGUCGCAGCUGAUGGUCCAGCUGGCGCAUGCGGUCGAGGAUCCGAGCCGGGUUCUUCAGCCUACCGGCGUGCAAAACAAAGGCCGAGGCGACGCGCCGUCAGCUGCGGAAACGGAGAUUUCUCGCGCGACGAGCGCACCCGUAAAACCUUUCAGCGCUUUUCUUCUUAUCCUCGAGGCAGUCUCGCCUCUCCAGAUCCUUCCCGCGCCUGACACGUGUGCGUCUGCGCCUCGGCUGCUGGACGCGCGAGAGGACAGAAAGACCAAGCAGGCGCAUGCCGCGAAGGCGGACAGCGAGAGAGCCGUGAGGAAGAGACACGGACGCGGAUCUGCCUUUCUCCAGGAAGUGAAAACAAGCGCGCUGGUCCUCAUGUGGCGCUUCAUCGCCACUUCCUCGUCUUCGCCGCUCCUGUCUCUGCGCGACGAUCCGUUCCGCCUUCAGCAGGACAGCUUGACGAGUUUCGCGUGCUCCCUGGUGGUGUCGAUACACUCCCUGCUCACGCGUGUCGAAGAAAGGCGGCUCUUCGCGUCAACUGCCUCGUGUUUGUCUCGCGCGUUGCCUUCUUCGCCGGCAGAGCUCGAGUUUGAGAGAGCGAGUGCGGGGCGCCAGCUGCAGCGUCUUUGGGAGGGGCUAUCGCUCGUGGUUCAGUUCAUUCCUUCGUUCACGGAAGAGCGCCUGCUCUUCCCGCUCUUUUCUCUCAUGGAGCGAGAAGGCGAUCUUCUCCUGCCUCUCUGGCAAGUCGCACCUCUCGCCCCGCCCAGUCUCUCUUCCGCGUCUCUCGCUUCUUCGCCGUUCUCGCCGUUUGCUUCCUCCGGCCCAACCUUGUCGCCUUUCUCGACGACCGGCGAACACGGUCCCCGUUCCGCCACUCCCCUCUCCGAAACUUCCUCGCCCUCGGAUGACGGGGCCGUUUCUCUGCCAUGUGCGACGUUUCUUGCUGAGCUCUUCCACGUCUUCGCCUCUCUGCACGACCUCCCAAGUUUGCUCUCUCGGCUGCAAACGUGGCUGUCUCUCUCUUCCUCUUCCUCUCUGUUCGCCUCAGCUGUCAGCGACGGGGAGGCUUCUUUGCUUGACGGCACGAAGAAGGGGCGGCGGGGGCGAGCAGAAGAGACUAGAGUCGCGGAGGGCAACGCGUUUGCGCUGCAUCUUCUCCGGGGACUUGCGCAGCUGGAGAAGGAAGGCGGCGCGCGCUUAGAAGAGAAAAAGGGUGGAGCCGACAAGCGUGCAGGCGGAACCGCGGGGCGCACAGACUCUCGCCGCGUCUUUAGCGGCGCGUUUUUCCUCUCCUCGGCCGUGUUGAAUCAGGUCCAGAACCUGGCGAAGGCCGUGCUGCCUGCGCAGCUCGCCAUCAUCGCGUCGCACUUCCUCGCUCUCUUGACGGAGACUGAGGAGGCGUUCCUCGCGACCGUUCCGGACGAAGGCGAAGCAGAUGCGGCGCGGGCGACGAAGCGGCGAGAGAACGCGGACGGCGGAGAGAUAGAGAAGAAGCGAAAGAAAGACAAGGGGGACGGGGCGACGCCGGAGGCGCCUUCCUCGGCCCUUUCGGAUUCUGAGAGAGGGGUGCCCGACGGCGAGAACGCGCGGCGCGCGCGGGACAAGCGGCGAGUGUCUGUCUGCGUCGUUCGGCUUCUUCUCUCCGCAUUCCUGCGAGGCUUACAAGACUUGCGUCUCGCUGGGGCGCACCAACACAAACUGGCGCUUCGGAACCUGGAGGUGGUGCAUCCUGCGCUCCUCGCGUUCUGGAAGAACGCCGCCAGUGCCGUGUUUUCCUUCUCGUCGCGUACGCAGGCGUGCGCAGCCUUUCGCAGCCGCGGUUCUCAAGGCAGGGAGGCGACCGGGAAGACCGAUCUGACUCGACGCAGCGUUGUCGAGCUGUGGACAACCGCAGAAAACGCGCUGCUUCUCGCGCUCGGCGGCACGGCGGUCCUCUUGAAGGCGUACGAAGUGCCGCGCGUGCCUCUGCGCGGGGGUGCACGAGACAGGGACAUUCCAGACGCGAAGCGUCCGCUCCGAGAGGAGAGAGAGGCAGGAGAGGGAGACGAGGCAGGAGAGGGAGACGAGACAGGAGAGGGGGACGAGGGAGACGAGAGGAUCCACACUUCGCCCUUGGCGUCUGUCGAGACGCCGAACGGGAGUCGCGCGCAGCAGAAACUCGAGAAGGAGUUGGAGCGGCGUCUGCUCCGAUUGACUCGCGAGCUGGAGAGACACGCGGACGCCGAGGGACCUGAAACGCCGCAGACAGGGAGGCUGGAGCGGAAAACGUCCCUGCUGGACAACGCAAACACGGGCGGAGCUUCGUCGUCUCCCGUCUCACUUCUGGCUUUGCCUCCUCGAGAUUCAGAGCCUGCGACCCUCGCCUGCAUCCAGGCUGGCAUCAUCUACCUCUUGCUCUCCGAUACAAGGCAUACCGGUUCUUAUUCUUAUUCUCCGUUUCUCUGUGGAUCCUCCAAAGGUUUGCGGGAAGGCAGUGAGGAGUCUGAGCGGCGCAGCGUUGCCUUCCUGCUUCUCCGCUGUUUGGCCGGGGAACGAAGACGGCGUGCAGGUGCUUCUGCUCCGGGCAGUCGACUCGGAGACGCCGGCGAGGACGACGCCUUGGUGAGUCAUCUCCCCCUUCUUCUCAAAGCGCUGGGGAGCCCUUGCAACGGUUUUGGAGUCGUCCCCAGUCUGUGCGCCGCGCCAUGCGACUGGCGCCUCACUUCGCCCGCGGGUCUGCGGUGUCUCGACGAGCCUACGCAGGCGCGCACCUUCCCCAGAGCCGCCCGCGCGUGCCUCGGCGCUGCGCACGCACUGCUGUCUCUGUGGGGCCGGGCGGAGCGAAGAACGGAGGAAGGCGGGAAAAACCAGCUCGGAGUCUCUGCAACUCUGAAGGCCGUCUUGGACAUUCAAGCGUUCCAACCCUUUCUGCUGUUCGCACUCGCGGAGCAACUGAGGGAGCGCCGGCGGCGCCUCGUUGCGAACGGCCGAGAGGACGGCGCGCCGAUCGACGCAGAGCUUUCGGCAGGACGAGAGAGCCUUGAGAGGGACGGAGAGCGAAAAGCGAAGAAAACGAAAGCGAGACGUGCGGAAACGCACCGACAAGAGCACGAAACGGAGCCGUCGGGCGGUGAGGCGAAACGGUCUGUGUCGUCGACGGAAGGCGCUCGCGUUUCCGACGCGAUUACAGAUUCGAAGACGCCCAGCGACAGCCCUCUCGGGGUUCUCAGACAGGCCGCAGCCGGCGAUCUCUUUCUUCUGGUUCGCUUUUUCCUGGAGCUUCAGCCGCUCUACUUGUCUCUCGCGCUGAGUCUCCCGCCUGUGGUGGCAGACGGGAGGUCGCCUGAGAGGCAAGGUGACGCGGAACACGCGGGCGCAGAGGAACCUCCGGACAUGCCUCUUCUUCUCGUGCAACGGGAAUUGUGGAUCACGCUCAUUGCCGUGCUGCAGAUGCGCGCCACGGAUUCCGCGUCCUCUCCGCAGACUUGCGCCGCUAGGUCGCAGGUUGGCCUUGACCAUCCACGACACUGGGAUCGCCCGUGUUCUUCCCCUCCGUCUACGCGUGGAGACGAGCAGUCGCGGGGCCUGAGCUCCCCUUGUCCUCUCCCUUCCUUGGAACUUCAUCUCCUCCACGCUUUGGCUCGGACAGCCACAUGGGGGGGGCAAGUGCGCGCAGCGGAUAACCUGGCUCGGCUUCUCCGCGCGCCCUGCCGAAGCGCACUGCCUGUGUCUCCGCGGUCUUCUCCCGAGGCGUCGAGUGCUUCGCCUGCUGCUUCGCCUGCUGGCGAGACCGCGCUUCUCUGGUCUGCACACAGCGGCGUUCGAUCUGGAGCCGAGACGCUCGUUGCGGGGCUUCUGGGCCUCUCCGGCGGAGACGCGGGUGGCCGAAAAAACGCAGACAGCGCGCUGCGCACGCUUGAGAGGGGAGAGGACGAAGCGCAUGCGCGACUUGGGGAAGCGCUCGCGGACCUCGUUUGGGCAGUCAGCGGGGCCUCGCCGCAGGCUCAGGUUCGAGACGCCGGCGGGAGCGAGGCGCAUGACGGGAAGAAAGAGAAGAAGAAGCGAGACCGGGAGAAGUCCAGGGACGACAAGGGACAGACGGCUGGGGAGCACAUGCUGCUCCAUCUCUGCUCGUGCGUCCUGGCCCUCGCGGCCUCCGGUGGGGGGUGUCAGGCGCAGGCACACCAGAGACCAGAAGAAAGUCACCGUCGCAACACCACGAGACACGUUGAUGCGGCGGCGUCGCUAGUUGCCCAGCAGCUAACAAUUCCCUCGCCACGAUCAGCGGAGGAGACGUUCAACCUUUUCCCUCCCUUGAAGCCUUCAGUUUCUGGGUUUCCGCGGGCCGCCGCGGCGCCAGCGUCGUUGCGCUCGCUCGUGCUGGUGGCGUGCAUCCGACAGCUCGGGUCUCACGUCGCUGCGUGGGAGCGUGGAAAGGCAGAGGCUCGAGAACGCGCGGCCGUUCGCGAGAAGAAUUGCUUCCGCCGGCGCGAGGCGACAGCACGAACCGGGGCCGCAGCCGCGCAGGCAGAACCAUGCGCCUCGGCAGAGGCCGAGACAGAAGGCCCCCUGCCGGGGGAGGAAGGAAGACGGAAGUGCGCGCAGUUGGUGAACAGGUUUAUGCGCGUUCUCGCCGGACGCCUCACGCCUCGCGAGGUUCUUCGAUGCAUGUUUUCCCACCACCUCGUUCUGCGUUCAUCUCCCGCGGCGCCUCGCUCGUCUCUGGGGGAAAGGUCGGCAGACGACGCGGCCAGAAAACGCACGAGAGAGCGGAGGGACGGGGGCGAGACGAACGAGGAAACGUCGACCGUGCGGGUGCACGCGUCUCUCUGGACGCUGCUGCUCGCCUCGCGAGUUCUCUCCCUCCUCACAUGGUUCCUCUAUUCCUCUUUUCUCUCUGUGGCGAGUCAUGGGAAAGACGAACGCGAGAACCAGGCCGAGACGACGGAAGAAGAACGCGCGCGAGAACGUGCGGCUGAAGCUCUGGAGGCCUUUGCGUCUGUUCACUCGCAGGAAGCCGAGGCCGAAACAGGGCGAGAAGACGAACCCGCCCUCGCAGGAGCGGGGGCCGAGGCGAGACGCCCAGCCUCGACUGGGAAGAAACAACCGCCGCUCUCCUGUCCACACGUCUCGAGCUUCUUUGAUCUCGUAGGCGACUGUUUUCGCCUCCUCCAGGCGAGCGAAGAAGGCGCGGGGGCGCCAGCCUUCUCGCUUCCCGUCCUUGCUCCUGCAUGCGCCUCUGCGGGUUUCUCGGCCGGAGGCUCCAGGCCCCUUCUGGGCGCGUCCCUGUCUGAGUCAGUCUUUUUUGAGGGAAACGCGAAGGGCGCGACGGGGCGGCGAUUUUGCAUGCAGCGUAGAGCUGCCCGCGUGUCCGCGAAGAUCGCGAGGCACUCGCUGUCGCUGGUGCUUCUCUUCUUCUCCUCGCUGUGGGGCUCUGCGUCUCGGCGCCGCCACGCUUGGAGGGAGAAGUACGGCGCCGACACGAAGGCUGAGAGCGAGACAGGAGAGCGGGACACCUUGAGCGACGAAGAAGAGGGUGAAGAGAAAGCCGGAGAAGCGACGGACGAGACAUCUCACGACUCCCAGUGGCUGCGCCAAACGCAUCAGUUGACAGACCUGCUCGUGCACAUGACAGCUGAGGAAACGACGGAGCUGUCGGCUUCUGCUGGCUUCGCUGCCACGCCGAGCACGAGAACGCCCGCGUUCGAGAGAGACGAAGAAGCGAGAAAGCAAGACACAGGAAGCGACGCACGGAGAACUGGAGGAAGUAGCCGACGCACACACUUCAAAGAAACGCCUGCAGCCAGGUGCUGGCGAGCGCUGAUGCGCGGUCUCCCGUCGUAUCUCUUCUUCCAGAUCUCUUGUCGCCUCCAGGCCAUUGUCGCCUCUGCGGUUGCUGGUUUGUCGCCGGUCGCGGUUUCUGCGGGCGAGUCGGCGUCCUCUCGUCUCCUCGCCGCUGCGCAAGCGGCUGCGGUCGCGGAGGCGCUCGCUGCUCUCCUCGGCGAACGGCAAGAGUUGAUUCGUUGCCUCCGACUCACCUUCUUCCGCCCGUCUUCCUUGUCGGGCUCUGCGCUCGCGCCCUCCGCUCCUCGCCGCGCCCCGCCUCUUGUCGACCUUCUGUGCCUGACUCUGCAGAGCCUGCAGGGCGCCUUCGCAUGCACGUUCGACGGCGGCCUCUGCUCGUCCCUCCGCGAGGCGCUGUGGGGGAGCGCAGAGCGACAGGCCGAGCGAGGGGACGGCCAUGAAGGCCGGCAGCCAGUGGACUUUGUCGGUGACGUGGAACCGGUUUUAAGCCGAGUCAAACUCGCCAUUCAGCAACGCUUCUGCCGGCGUCUCGGGCAGGCCACGUGCGCACUCGCGGGAGCAACGAUUUUCCUCGUUGGAGAGGCCAGAAAACGUCUUCGUCUUUCGGACAAAAACGCGGGAAAGCAGGAGACAAGCGCGCAGGCCUUGUCCCUGGGGUCGGUCGCUGCGGCGCCUCUCGAAGCCGUCGCUGCGCAAGUCGCCCGUGGGACGCGACUGUUUGUGGACCAGCUGCAGGGAGUUGGGACGCUUGCUUCUCUCCAGCCCCUUUGUCUCGGCGUCGACGAUUCGCGUUCUUCUUCGCGGCGGCCGACUUCUCUCGAGCGAGAACUUCUGGACGCGCUGCACUGCCAGGCUGGCCCGCAGCUUCACUCUCUCGUUCUUCUCCUUCUGUUGCAUCCGCGCCUUCAGCACCAAUAUGUGGAACGCGUCCUGGGAAACCUCGUCGGCGAUUCGCUACGUGUGCUGGCUGUGGCGCCGGGCCUCUUCGCAUCGACAACUCUGGCCGAUUUCCUCGCGCGCUCCCUGGAGCGACUGAACCACUUUAUGUCUUCGGGGACGUGUGCCCCGUCCCUGAAGCUCGCGAUUCGCCGUCUUCUUCUGCUCCUGUCUUCCGAAAUUGUCUCCGUCUCGCACGCACUGCAUCGUCUGGUUAUGCAGCUCUACUCCAACGCGCAUGCACCUCUCUCCUUCCUUUUCGAAGACACAGUCGAAGAGGAAGUUGAGCAGAGAAGCGACCGAUCUGUGUCACGGGGGGUGGGGGUCGCGGCAGGCACCCUGGGGCUGUAUGCGUCGCCUUUGUCCGAUUCGCCUUUUGCGAUCCUUCACUCUUUGGAAGACAACGAAAGAGAGGCAGACGCCCGGCGAGGCCGUAGCCGUUUGCAGGCAAAGGGUAGCAAGUUUCGAACAGAUCAGCCGCGCGCCUUAGAAGAGCGUUUGCUUUGCAUGCUACAGCACGAAGACCAGCGAAAGGGUAGAUGCUGGCCCAGUAGCGUCGCCGCAGAGGCGACAGAGGCAGAAAAGGAAGAGCUACGAUGGAUUGCGACACAAACGCGAAGAGCUGCGAACUGGCAAAAGACGCGAGAAAACGUCUUGAGGCGCGUCCAAAGCCUCCAGCAGGCUCUGGUGCCUGUCUUGCACGCUGCGCUGGAUGGCGGCACAGGGGGAGAGCGAGGCGAAGAAGAACUCAAUUUCGUGCUGGCAAGCAUCGUAGACAGUCGCACGAGAAACCAAAUGAUGGAAGCCAUCAAACAGUUCCAGCAAUUCCACAAAUUCAGAGGGAAAACAUAA